GCGCCAAAUGUGAACACGUGAGCAAAACAAAGCGAGAGAACGGUUUCACGAUGGCAGGAUUUGAUGAUGCGGGCGUUUUUUUCAGUGAUAACUUUGGAUCUGAAGAUCAAACCGAUGAAAACCAGAUCAACAGACAGCAAAUUAAGAAGAGAUUCAAAGAUUUUAUUAGACAAUUUCACGAAGGGAACUUUUCAUACCGAUAUCGAGACCAGUUGAAAAGAAACUACAACCUUGGGCAACACUGGUUGGAAGUUGAUCUGCAAGAUGUGACCAGCUUUGAUGAAGCUUUAGCAGAAAAACUUAACAAACUUCCUGCAGAACAUUUGCCAUUGUUUGAAGAUGCAGCAAAAGAAGUGGCUGAUGAGGUGACCAGGCCCCGUCCAGAUGGGGACGAAGAUGUGGAAGAUAUACAAGUCAUGGUGAACUCCUCAGCCAACCCGUGUAGUAUCAGGGAGCUCAAGUCUGAACAAAUGGCAAAAUUGGUGAAGAUUCCUGGGAUCGUGAUAGCAGCCUCGGGUAUUAAAGCUAAGGCCACAAAGCUUUCACUUCAGUGUCGGGGCUGUCAGAACAUCCUUAACAAUAUUGCUGUUAACCCAGGAAUGGAGGGCUAUGCUCUACCUCGAAAAUGCAAUACAGAACAAGCUGGCCGACCUAAAUGUCCUAUAGACCCCUUCUUCAUUGUACCAGACAAGUGUAAGUGUGUGGACUUCCAGAACCUGAAGCUGCAGGAGGCUCCAGAGGCUGUUCCCAACGGUGAACUGCCUCGUCACAUGCAGCUGUACUGUGAUCGAUACUUGUGUGACAAAGUUGUACCAGGGAAUAGGGUGACCGUUGUUGGUGUGUUCUCCAUCAAGAAAACCUUCCAAAGUUCAAAGAAAAACACACGGGACAAGGUAAAUGUUGGUAUCCGCAGUCCGUACUUCCGUGUGGUUGGGAUACAGGUGGAUACAGAUGGGUCCGGCAGGAGCACCAACUCCCCUAUAACUCCAGCUGAGGAGGAGGAAUUUCGUCGACUAGCCAGUAGCACCAACAUCUACGAGACCAUUGCCAAGAGCAUUGCACCUUCCAUCUACGGAUGUGUUGACAUGAAGAAGGCAAUCGCCUCAUUGCUGUUUGGAGGUUCCAGGAAGAGGUUGCCUGAUGGCCUAACAAGAAGAGGUGAUGUUAACAUCCUGAUGUUGGGAGAUCCUGGUACAGCAAAGUCUCAGCUGCUCAAGUUUGUGGAGAGGGUGUCGCCAAUUGCAGUGUAUACGUCUGGCAAAGGCAGUAGUGCCGCUGGGCUGACGGCAUCUGUCAUCCGAGACCCGUCCACUCGUAACUUUGUGAUGGAAGGUGGAGCCAUGGUUCUGGCGGAUGGUGGUGUUGUGUGUAUUGAUGAGUUUGAUAAGAUGAGAGAAGAUGAUAGAGUUGCUAUACAUGAGGCUAUGGAACAACAGACUAUAUCUAUUGCCAAGGCUGGAAUCACAACUACGCUGAACUCCAGAUGUUCUGUCCUGGCUGCUGCCAACAGUGUGUUUGGCCGAUGGGAUGAAACUAAGGGAGAGGAGAAUAUUGACUUCAUGCCCACCAUCUUGUCCCGAUUUGACAUGAUCUUCAUAGUCAAGGAUGAACACAAUGAAGAGAGAGAUAUGAUACUGGCAAAGCACGUAAUGAAUGUACAUCUGAAUUCACAUCAAAUGUCUGAGGAGCAUGCUGACGGAGAGAUAAACCUGCUCACACUGAAGAAGUAUAUCUCCUACUGUAGGACGAGAUGUGGCCCAAGAUUAGCAGUGGAAGCUGCUGAAAAGCUGAAGAACCGUUACGUGUUGAUGAGAAACAGUGCCGGCGAAUAUGAGCGGGAAACCGGAAAACGUAUCAGUAUACCAAUUACUGUCAGGCAAUUGGAAGCCAUUAUUAGAAUGUCGGAGUCCUUGGCCAAGAUGAGGAUGCAGCCGUUUGCUUUGGAAGGGGAUGUUGACGAGGCCCUGAGACUAUUUCAGGUGUCCACAUUGGAUGCUGCUAUGUCUGGGAAUCUAUCAGGUGUUGAAGGGUUCACAACGGAGGAAGACCAGGAGCUUUUGAGCAGGAUUGAAAAACAGAUCAAAAGACGAUUUAUCAUUGGAUCCCAAGUAUCGGAACAUGCUAUUAUUCAAGACUUUACAAGACAGAAAUAUCCUGAACGCUCCAUAUACAAAGUGCUACACUUCAUGAUGAGACGUGGGGAGGUACAACACAGAAUGCAGAGGAAGAUGUUAUACAGGGUCAAGUAGAACGCUGACCACAGUUUACAAGAUAUUUAUCACAAGGCAUCAAAACUUUUCAGGACUUCCAAAACCAUUCAUGAUUGGACGAAGCUUUCCAAGCCUAAUAGCAUAAUAAUGCAUUCAAAUCAAGUAUGCACUAGAAAUCAAAAUAUUUGGGCAUGGAUAAAUGAUGAAAAUUCACAUUUUUCAGACACUUCAGAGAAUUUAUUCCCAAGUCAGUGUUAUGGUGCAGUAUAGUUUGAUGGCUUAUGUUAUUAAAUCAUUCAUUGGUGUAUGAACUGUAGUAUCAUUAAUUGGUGUAUGAACUGUACAUGUUAUACCAUUAAUUUGUGUAUGAACUGUACUUGUUAUACCAUUAAUUGGUUAUGAACUGUAAUGUGAUAAUGGGAAGGAUUUUUCCUGGAUUUGCUCUAGAAUAUUGGACUUGUGCAUUUGAUAUAUGGAAGUUUGUACAGUGUGUUGCGAGUUAUGAAUGACUAGAACAAAUCUAUUGUAUGUACAUGUAUAUAUUUAUCAAGUAGCAUUGAAUUCUGUAAAUAUUAAAGGGAAUAAACUUGUCUUAAAUAUAA